UUUUUGUUCCUGUGUCAAAAAGACUGCUAGCUGGUAACAGGCUACGGUAGCCGUCUGUGGCCGUUAGCUGUCGAGCAAACCAACUUUUUUCAGACGAAACUGACAACACGUUGGACUUUAAAACUUCUAGACGGCACAUUUCAUCCGAGGGCGACAACGGAUAACAGUUUCACGAAGGAGAGCUCUGGAGAGCAGUUAGAUAUCUUCGUUUCUCGGCAAAGCCCAUCGUUAGCUUAGCUCGGAUUGGUAGCAGCACCAGCAAGCCGACCGACAUUACAGUGAGAAAUAGGUUUGGUUAACUUGUGGGUUCUUGAAACGUCUUAGUAGAUUUUGCAGUCUUGAUUGAUUGCGGCUUUUAGGUUCGUUGUCGUUGGUUUCCGUCGGUCUCGGUGUGGAUCUCCGGAUCAGUCUCGUCGGCCGGUUGGGCAGCAGUUAGCCAAGUUUUCUCAUUCGAGACAAAUUUGCUGGCUAUUAUAAAACCCCACGCAGCUGGAAAUGAAUUCAAACGUGGAGAACUUGCCGCCUCAAGUGUUGAGACUGGUCUAUAAAGAGGUUUCUGCGUUGGCAGCCGACCCUCCUGAGGGAAUCAAAAUCUACCCCAGUGAAGAGGAUAUCACAGAGCUGCACACUGCCAUUGAGGGCCCAGAAGGAACACCGUAUGCAGGAGGGGUGUUUCGGAUGCGUCUGGUUCUUGGGAAGGAUUUUCCCGCUGCACCUCCCAGAGGCUAUUUCCUAACUAAGAUUUUUCAUCCUAAUGUUGGGCACAAGGGUGAAAUCUGUGUCAAUGUGCUGAAAAGAGACUGGAAGGCAGAGCUUGGCCUGAGACAUGUAUUGCUAACUAUCAAGUGCCUUCUGAUCCAUCCUAACCCAGAGUCUGCCCUGAACGAAGAGGCUGGGAGGUUACUUUUGGAGGACUAUAAGGAGUAUGCGUCCCGUGCUCACCUUCUAACAGAGAUCCAUGCCAUGGGAGGCACGUCAGGGGCCCCUCAAGAGCCCGCCGAUGGACCACAACCCAAAAAGCAUGCAGGAGACCCAAACAAACGUGUAGCCGGGGCCGGUUUGGUAACAAAUGGUGUUGCCGCCAACAAUUUAAGUAACAGCAGCUCCAGCGGCACGAGCAGUAGCAAUACUAAUAUAGUUGCAAAGAAGAAAACGGAUAAAAAACGAGCUCUGAGGCGGCUAUAAGAGAGAACGAGUCUGUGCUAUGUGUGUACAUAUAAAUAUUGAAGUGUGCAGACCACCUUUUCUCCUCCUUAAUCUGUCUUACCAUUUUUAGGAUAACGCAUUCAUCUUGUCACGCUCCUAUCAGAUCACUCCUCUCGUUUUUGUUCCCUUGUCUCUUUCAACUUGCUCUCAGGACUUGAACUGUCUUUGCGACAAUUCUUUGUUUCGUUCACAAAAGGGGUUUUCAUCUGUAUUUCAGAAGUUUUACAAUUGUUUAGAAAAUGAAAACAGUAGUAAAAGUUUUUGACAAAGUUCAUUUGUGGCCUCUAGAGUUAUCAUGACCAUAAGCAGGAUUUUGGUGUGUACUGUCGGCACAGAAUUUAUAAUAUAUUUAGAUUGCAGGUGUGAUGAUGGGACGCUUACUGUAAUGCUGUCCUGUUGUAGUUGGACUGAACCCAUACAUUUCUCUUUCUUUUGUCUUUCCUCCUUCAGGGGUUUAAUGAAGAAUAGUACAUUGCACAGAAUAUGACUGUUGUGUUUGUGGUGAAAGAGAGGCAGGAUCAGGAAUAACAGAGGGAGUUAAAAUGUGGUCUGAAUAUUACUUUGUUUUUUUUGUUUUUUUUAUAUGUGUGGUAUUUUAAUUGUUUCCAGUUUUUACUAAAUUUGUCUGUCUGUUUCUAUUUUGUAGUUCACUUUUCGGAAGGCCUUUUUCCAUUUUUAAGUGAACGGCUAUAUUUCCCUGACGCUUGAGAUUGAGUCCUUAAAGCCUUUCCGCCAGUCAGGGCAGAGCAAUGGGGCUAAUAAUUAAUCAUGAAAUAUACGAGCCAGAAGUGGUGUUCGGUCUCAUCCUUCAAAUGAACUAGUUUGGUUAUUCUUUUCAAUAAGAACGUUAAUCCCCUUUUUAUAUGACCACAGUUGCUAUUUUCUCUGGCUCUGCUGGUCUUUCAAUCAAAAGGCUGUUAAGGAACCUUCUCUUUGUUGUUGCAUUUGUAAUGGGCCUUCAGUUCCCAAAGAUCCUCUCUAACAAAGUGAUACGAACUUCAGACAAUGUGUUUGCAGAAACAGUUUGCCCGUAUUUAAAAGUUUGUGAAUAAACAAUAGGGCAUUUUGUGGCCAUUAUUUAAGUUAUUUAAAUUAAUAAGAAAUAAAGGAAUUUUAGG